AUCCUUGAACUUUCAUUUUUGGUACCAAAAUGGUCCUUCCGGCUGACUCGGCGAAGCUCUGUUUGUUCUGCGACCAGCAUGUGCACUCCGCGAACCUGCUUUUGCGGAAGCACUUGCGGUCUCAGAUCUGCGAUAACUGCGGUUCUGAGCCGGUUGCGGUUCGGUGCGUGACGGAUAAUUUGGUUCUGUGUCAGGAGUGUGAUUGGGAUGCGCACGGGAGCUGUUCUGUGUCUUCCGCGCAUGAGCGGACUCCGGUUGAGGGGUUCUCCGGAUGUCCUUCGGUUCUGGAGCUGGCGUCUGCCUGGGGGCUUGAUGAUAGGACUUCCUUGGAUGGAUCUGGGUUUGAUGGAGGAAGACCCAGAUCUGGGUUUGCAGUAGUGAAAAGGAAAGGACUUCCAGUGACGAAGAAGAAGGCACAAGCUCUGGGUCUUUCCCUGGGUUUUCUCGAACAACGAUUCGACAAAAUAGCAUCAUCGGAAAGGACUUUCGACGACGAAGAAGAAGGCACGAGCUCUGGGUCUUUCUCUGGGUUUUCUCGAACAAUGAUUCGACAAAAUAGCAUCAUCGGAAAGGACUUCCAGCGAUGAAGAAGAAGGCACGAGCUUUGGUACAAGAUUCGGAGUUUGCAGAGUAUAAUUUAAGGACUUCCUCCUUGAUUCGGGCGUUGCAAACAGAUCUGGGUUUAUUGAGCGUCCACUCCAGAUCUGGGUUUGCAGAAGAAAGGGAAAGGAAAGGU